GAUUCAUUUACUAUGAGUUUUUAUAUGAUUUACUUUAAACAAACAUUGCUUAACAAUUGGUUUUGAAUUGACACAAUAAAUCAUGAUGGGUAUUACAUGUUUGUUGUUUUAUAAAUCCUGGACUGUAAGUACACACAUUGAGAUAAAUAUAUUAACUAUUGUCGUGCACAACGGGUGACUCACACACAUAAGGGAACUACUACUCAGGCAUCACUCCCAGCAUGCCUUGCGGCACUUGUUUGGUUAAAUUUGGCUAAGGGUUAACAUAAUUAUGUGUUAUCCUCCACUACUAGUAGCUGCACUCUAUGGGCUAUCAGUCUGUUGUGUGUUAAGUUGCUGCGUGAUGAUUGUAGCGUUAUUUCGUGAUGUGUUGUGUUGUGUUGAGUGAUGACCUACUGUUUGGAGUUAGUUGGUUGAAACAUGAUCGACUGAAUAUGACGUGUGGGCCUCCUGUUAUAGCGCAUAAAGAGCAGGCAGUAUUAGACAUGAAGACAUUAGACAUCCCAAUUAUUUAUGUGUUUUAGUUAGUUCUGAUAUUUGAUAUUUUGGUCAUAAUGUAUUUUCAUUGUGAAGCAAAUAAUUUUUACUCAUGUUUUGUUUUCCGUUUUAGUUAUGCAUAGGGGAGCUACUACUCAGGCAUCACUCCCAGCAUGCCUUGUGGCACUUGGUUUGCUUAAAUUUGGCUAAGGGUUAACAUAGUACUCUUUCUAUUUGUCCAUCCAUUCCUUUCAUCCACACAUGGAUUCAAGUUUGGCAGCAUUUUUAAAAAAUCAAAGUAGUCCACCAUGUUGUACUCACUAAAGCUCAUUUCAGUUUCACUAUCAACGAGAGCACAUCCACCUCUAUCUGUUGUCCAACCAGAGAUGGCCUUUCAACCUCUCACAGAAUGGCACAGUGGUCUCUGCGAUUGCUUUGAAAAUGCAAGCACUUGCUGCUAUGGUUUCUGGUGCUGCCCCUGCCUGGCUUGCACGGUUGCAGGGAGACAUGGAGAGAACCGAUGUCUACCCCUGUGUGACGUCUGCAGCCCUGCUCUGUUCACAACUUUUGGGAUUCCUCUGUUUGUCCCCCCUGCCGUCUUGUCCAUGAGAACAUCCAUUCGCAAAACAUACCGUAUCAAGGGGUCCAUCUGCAAGGACAUUCUGGUUUCCUGUUUCUGUAUGUGGUGCAGCUGGUGUCAGAUGCACCGUGAGCUGAAAGACCAAAACAAAACAUCGACUGUGGUGAAUGUUGUGAACCAAACUGUCGUCAACCAGCCUGCUCCUGUGAUGAUGAUGCAGCCACAACCAAUGGUUUUUGUUACUCAACAGUAAAACACUACAAAUGUGAGGCUUUAAUGUGUUUGAGGUUAGUCAGGAUUUAGACUGAGUUCAUUCAAGCAAAGUUUUAUUUCCACAAUUAAUCCCAUUUUUGUCGUCACUUAAGUAAGUAAUUAUAAUCAUGAUUAUGAUCCAACUGAACACUGCGAUAAGUGGCAAAGUAGUUUUUUUUUUAUAUAUUUGUAUUGGAAUUGGUGAUGGGAAAUUCAGAAUUACACAAAGCAUAUGUAUUUAUCAGAGCUGAUUAUAGGAAGUAUUUUAAAAGAUGGGUGAAGUUUCUCAGCAUAAAAACAAUGACAAUGGAGUAUUACUCAGUUGACAUGCAUGUUUUGUAGUACAGACAGUACUCAGGUUGUAUUUAUUGCCUUUUUUUAGAGGCGAGCUUUUACAGCAAAUAUUUAUGACUUGAUUCUGUGCAAUUCAUGAAUUGUUGGUGUAACUAACUGUGAUUAGAUGUUGCAUAUAUGUAAUUGUUUAAAUAAACUGCAUUUAGAAUCUGC